GUUCUUCAUGGAGCUCUUGGAAGUAGUGGGCGGGGCCACUGAAGGGUCUCGUCGGCUGCCAUUGGAUAACCCCCUCAGAAGGCGGGACCUAAACAACCCCCACUACUCAUCCAUACAGCCUUCACCAGUUCACUUCAUUUCUCAAAGCAGUGAGAAACUCGCUUUGUCUCUAUUGUGAUCCAAGCACACGAGGAGAAGACCUACAGGAACAUAAAGCAGCCGAAACACUGGAAACUUAAAGCAAAAACACUAUAGUCGUGAGGAUCUUUGAAUCCACAAGCUCAUUGACCGGCAAUGCAAAGAGACUCUUCGCUGAAGAGCGAGAACAUCUGCUGGCCUAAAAUGACACCCUGCAACUUGCUAUCAGAUACGUUGGAUAUCGACUACUUCCACCAUGGAACCUGCCAGAUCAGAGAUGAGUAUCCUGCCCAAUGGGAAAGGUCAUGACCUAGGAGAGGAAAUGUGCAUGCCGAUGAAGACUAUGAUGGAGGAAGAACAAAACGGUACCCAGCAACGCAGGUUUGAUGAUCCUGACAGCACACUGGCUGAGAACAUUGAGUUCCUGCCCAACGGCGAGGGCAAGAAGCCACGUUUCACUGAUUUUGAGGGGAAGACGUCUUUUGGCAUGUCAGUCUUCAAUUUGGGCAAUGCCAUUAUGGGCAGUGGGAUUUUGGGAUUGGCCUACGCAAUGGCCAAUACUGGCAUACUGCUUUUCUUGUUUCUCCUCACAGCUGUCGCUGGUCUCUCCUGCUACUCUAUUCACCUCCUGCUGAAGUCCUCUGGUGUUGUGGGAAUCAGAUCUUAUGAACAGCUGGGAUUCAGGGCCUUCGGAAUGACAGGGAAGAUGGCAGCCGGAAUCGCAAUCACUCUUCAAAACAUUGGAGCCAUGUCCAGUUACUUAUACAUCAUAAAGUCAGAGUUUCCACUGGUCCUGCAGGCGUUUUUGAAAGCAGAUAACAAUUCAGAGGAAUGGUAUCUCAAUGGAAACUACUUGGUGGUGCUUGUGUCUCUCUCUGUCAUCCUGCCUUUGGCUCUAAUGAAACAGUUGGGUUACCUUGGCUAUGCCAGUGGUUUUUCACUCAGCUGCAUGGUUUUCUUCCUCAGUGCAGUCAUCUAUAAGAAGUUCCAGAUCCUGUGCCCAUUCGAGGAGUUUUCAUCCAACAGCACGUUGGCACACACUCAUUCAAACGUGACAGUGAACCACGAACACAGCUACCAUAAAGGACAUGCGAUGUUGGAUGACUCCCACUGCGGUCCGCAGAUGUUCACCGUCAACACACAUACCGCAUACACCAUCCCUAUUCUGGCCUUUGCUUUUGUCUGCCACCCUGAGGUCCUGCCCAUCUACACUGAGCUGCGCAACCCAACUCAGAAAAAGAUGCAGCACGUUUCCAACAUUUCCAUUCUGAUCAUGUACACUAUGUACUUCCUUGCUGCUCUUUUUGGAUACCUGACGUUCUACACAACUGUUGAGGCCGAGCUUCUGCACACAUACAGCAGGAUCGACCCCUACGACACUCUCAUCCUCUGCGUGCGUUUGGCUGUGCUCACCGCCGUCACGCUGACUGUGCCCAUCGUUCUGUUCCCAGUGCGGAGAGCCAUUCAAGAGAUGAUAUUUCCUAAUAAGACCUUCAGCUGGAUCCGACACAUCGCCAUCGCCGUCAUUCUGCUGACCUUUAUCAACAUGCUGGUGAUCUUCGCUCCCAACAUCCUGGGCAUCUUUGGCAUCAUUGGUGCAACGUCCGCUCCGUGUCUUAUCUUCAUCUUCCCUGCUGUCUUCUAUAUCCGCAUUGUUCCCAAGGAUAAGGAGCCAAUGCGCUCUACCCCCAAAAUCUUUGCUGCCUGUUUCGCUGGACUGGGCGUGUUGUUUAUGAUAAUGAGCUUGAGCUUCAUCAUCAUUGAUUGGACGACAGGCAGCAGCAGUGCUCUGGGUGGCCACUAGGAGACAAACUCUGAUGAUGAAUGUGUGUUUUUGUGUAUGUGCCUUUGUAUGAGAGCGUGUGGCGUACGUAAGGUUAGUGAUGUAACAUACUGAAAGGUGAUCUGAUUUAUUUUAUCUGAAUUUUCCUGCCUGUUAUAAUACAGAGGAUGCCCUAUCCCACUGUGAGAAGGAAAAGGUGAGGGGGACCCAAAGCAACAUCCCAUUUUACACAGAUAACUUGCCAUCAGAUAAUAGGGAAAAUGAAAAAAAAAAAAAAAACAAAAAAAAAAAGGUUUGAUAAAUUCACACUAAUGUUUUGUAUUUUAAAACCUGUAAAAGUGCUGAUCUUGUCGAUUUGGGCAAAUUAUUUUUAUUUAUUGAAGGGUUAGUGCAUCCUCACUAUACCUGUAGAAAUAUGCUGUUAUGGCUUAAGUUUGCUUGUUGUCAUUUUUAUUAACUCUCACUAUCUGUUUUAUCAAUCUAGAGCUCUUAUAUUUGACACGAGUUGCUGCAAGUACUGUAGAAACACAUAACUGCAUCCUUCUAGAUUUAUUUUAAGUGACGGCAAAUGCAUUGUACAAUAGAGACCUAUAUAUCAGAUUUUACAUAUUUAAUUCCGUGUAUUACUUUGGCCACUGAACAAGGAGACUGCAGAGAUUUUGAUUGCUUUCUGGGAGUAAAAUGAAGCUAGUUUAGUAAAGGUGGAUCGGUAGAUGGUUUACUCUCCAGUGGGCUUUGGACAAUCAACGAGUCACAUAACCACCUAUUUCAGAUAACUUGCAGUGUUUUCGGGUCAAGUCAGAGUGCAAUUGAUCAUAUUGCACAAUUUCAGUGUGCCAAAGCGAAGGAUUUCUAAAAUCAAACAAUAUUUUCUGUUUUCCUAAAGUAUGCACAGUAGAAUUAGAAUACAAGGCGUGCCUUGAUCACAUAGAGAUUUGAACAGUGAAAAACAUAUUUAUUUAAAUGUACCGAAUAUAUUUUGCAGUUCACUGGAUGAGUAUUAAUGUAUGUUGUAGUAUUAACGCGUACAAUGAUCGUGUCCUUUAUCGUUUUUAUUCGUGUUGCGUUGAAGAUCACAAUGCCUACUCAAUGUCUUUUACACAAACGCUAGAUAAGGACCUCAUAUACAAAUACAAAACUAUAUUGUACUUGAAAUGGACAUAAUCUUCCAGUAUUACAAUUCCAACAAUCAUAUUAAAGGAGUAGUUCACUCAAAAAUGAAAAUUGGCUGUAAAUGUAUUCACUUUACUCUUCAUCAAAACAGAUUUUGAGAAAUGUGGCAUUACAUCUCUUGCUUACCAGUGGGUCCUCUGUGGUGAAUGGGUGCCGUCAGAGUCCAAACAGCUGAUAAAACCAUCACAAUAAUCCACAAGUAAUUCAGACAACUCUAGUCCAUCAAUUAACGUCAUGUGAAAGGAAAGCUGCGUGUUUGUAUGCAUUUUUAUCAGCCUUUUGAAGUCUCAUUCUGACGGCACCCAUUCACUGCAGAGGAUCCAUUGGUGAGCAAGUGAUAUAAUGCUCAAUUUCUCCAAAACUGCUCUGAUGUAGAAACAAACUCAUCUACAUCUUGGAUGGCUUGAGAGUGAGGACAUUUUCAGCUAAAUUUAAUUUUUGGAUCAACUAUUGCUUUAAGCAUUUCACUGAAGUGAAGUUUGUGGUUUAGUUUGGAAGCUGCUCUCAGUAUCUCACAUGAUAACGGUUGUAAAUGUUUUAUUUUCUACAUCUGAGUUUAACUUGUUUCACAGUUCUUUUUCUUGUAAUUCUGAGUAUUUGUGGACCUUGUUUUGGUAUUAGCAGUAGUUAAUGAACCAGCUAAAACGUAGAAACAUAAAAGACACCAGUCUUUUUUUUUUUAGUGUGAAGGAAACUUUGGAGUUUGAAAUAUCCAUCUCUUACUCAGUGACGCUUUCAAAACUGUAAUGUGUUCAUAUUCUGCCAAAACAUUAUGCUGUGCAAUCCUGUUGAACAAUAAGCUGUGCUAACAUUAUAUGCCGACAAAUGACUAGCUGGGUUUUUAGUGGCAGAUAAUGGUAAACCAUGAGAAAGUGCAACAGAAGUAAAGUUUAUUUGUGAUAUAUGAAAUGUAGCUAACAUCAUGGUUUUGUUUGCAAUGUGAACCAAAAAACAAACUGAAGUUUAUGCUGGAGAUUGAAGUACAAUGCCAACAGUCCCUAGGAGUCACUAUUUAACAUGGCAUUUCAUUUGUUUUCAAUUUGUACUUUUUGAAGUAUUAUAAAUCUAAAUAUACUAAAGAAAAGUGCCUCACUUUACAACCAGUUACCUUAGAUACUCUUUAGAUACUACCUACUUUUUUAUUCCCCAAUGAUCCCUUUAAGUGCUGGUUAAAUAGCCCUUGAACUUUACUUUUUUUUUUUUUUAAAUCCUGGUUACAAUGAACAAUUUGUAAUUUUAAUAUUAUAAUUAAUUUUUUUUUUUAAUAUUCUUUUAGUCAAGUUAUAGCCUUGCUGGGUAUAUUUUGCUUCAACCAAAGUAGCAUUGGAUUGAAGAUAAAACCAAGGGUACUGCAUAUUGGUAAUUUUGUAACAUGAUUCAUAUGGUAUUCAUAAUAAUUAUGACUGAAGUUAUUUGUCUCAGUGCAGCCCAGUUUAUAUACCUUUUCCAAACAAGUUUUGAAAUUUGUUAUAUUUCAUCUGGUACAGAUCAUCUGGAUUUUUUCCUUUCAAUAAGGAAUACACAAACCAGUAUUUACACGCUACAUCUAUUUAAUUGAUACAGUUGGGUUCAUAUGAAAAAUUGUUUAAUGCAUUCGUAUAUAUUGUAUAUAAAUGUGAACUGCUUUUAUUUGUGAUGCAUAUUUAGCUUGUAUAGUGUAAAUAGCAGAACCACUUUGACAAUAAAAAGCUGUUUUUAAACCUG